AGGAAAACACGAGGGUAUAAUCAUGGUGUCGAUAGGGGUACAAGUACACGUCGCGGUUUGCUUCUCCACCUGCGCCCUCGAUGUCCAAGAACAAAUAUAUAGCUCGAGCAUCUGUAUCUGCAGCCGCAUCCGUGCUCUCGUUCCAGCGUAUCGGCGAAGCGGUAUAUAAACGGUGUAUAAACAUGGGAGCGAGUGGGGGCAAGGACAUCAUCAAAGAGGGAGACGGGAAACAGAGAGCACGCACGGUCCCUCGCGAUAGCUUCGACGACACAUAG